AUGUCUACUUCAGGAGAUGAUGCGAUCCAGCGACUACAACACAGGUUGAAAGAAGCAGACGGUGCACUGCAGAAAGCAACCCAAUAUGGCCUUCAGCUGCUGAAUCUGCAGAACAAGUUGGAUGAACAGCGGAUAGAGAUGACCAACACUGUGGAGGUGAUCAUUCACACUGGGCAAUGAUUGACAUCGUUAAAGGCAGCUGUCUUCUUGAAAGUUGAUGAAUAGGCUAUGACAGCAGCAGUAUAACUCAUUACAAAAUAAGACAACUGCUUUCCAUAAAAACGACCAAUAUUAAUGGUGUAAUCAUCCUUAUAUUGCAUGACAGGAAUAUUGUUACUACUGAUAUUACAGGAAUGUUGAACAGGGUUUGAAUGAGAACACAGAUGGAGUGGGUUGAUGUUAGAGGUAUGACUAUAGUCUCCUGUGUGUCGGUUCUCAGGCCCAGGAGCAAGAGAAAUACUCUCUGCAGCGGGAAGUGGAGCUGACAAGCCGUGUGCAGGACAGCCUGCGCUCCGACUACGACUUGGUCAAGAGCCAGCAGAGGCUGCAGUGGGAGAAACAGGAAUCCCUGCUGGAGAGGACCCAUGCUAUGGAGCUCAAUGAGUGCAAUAACAAGGUUGGGCAGCCAGUGAUGGGGUUUGGGUUACCUGUACAUCUCUGUACACCAUUUGCAGUAUUUGGGGGAUAUGCUGAAUCUAGACAAGGAAGAAUGUAUGCAAAGUUACUUUGUUGUGGAAUUCUGCACACUGAAAUCAUCUCUGCUAAGGACAUCAGGAGUUGUUGCCUUUGAGUCAAUUCGUCUUUCUUGUCAAUACGUGGUGCCCAGUCAUUGUAGUGAAUGAAUGUGAUUUGUGGUCAAUUCAAAUCCAGAACACUACAACAUGUGAUAGGGCAACAGAUUCACAGUAUGCAGUGAUUGUGUAGUUAUGUCAAUUGUUGGUUACUGUGUCUAUGCAGAUGACAUUGAAGGCACAGCCCUCUGCAGCCCCAGUGGAAACGGACAGCGGGGAUGGGACUUACUACACUGACCUGAAAAUGCAACUUUCAAACUGUGUGAGUUAUCUCUGGUUUUAGUGUACAGUUAGUAUUUACAUGCUGAGUGGGAGAAGACCUUCAGUUUGCCCAUAAACGGUCCACAUUUAAAGUUCGGCAUAAAAAUUGGAGCUGUCAUACCUGCGUCAGCAUUUGAUUGUUGUGAUUAUGUGUGUGUGUGUGUAGGAAGGAUGCAGAGCGACUGGGGGAUGAGUUGUCCAUGCAAAGAAUGAAGUCACUCUCUGAGAGUCAAAGAGAACUGGAGCUGGAGAGAAAGCUUUUCAGUGCAGUGAGGGCCCUCAACCAGAGCCAGAGUGACAACAUCAAGCUGCAAGUGGAAGAGUUUAAGUUUAAAUAUGAGCCCGAUGGUAAAUUUGCCUAUAUAGUGACAUUUACUGGAACACAUAGGUGCAGUGAUUACUUACAUAUUUUAAACAUUUAGACAAUAGGUAAGAGGUAUUAACUCAAUCAUAUGUUGUGUUUUUAGAGGUGAAUAAAAAAUAUUAUUCAGAAGCGCAAGUGCGAGAAACUCCCUGUAGACAUCUCUAGUGACUUCCCAGAGGUGAAGAAAGAGGAGCCCAUGGUCCUGGAGAUGGAGCUCCCCAAGCACAUGAAAGACGAAACGGAAGCAGAGGCCCACCCUUGUGUAAAGGAGAGGCCCACCGUUACCCCUCUGCAGCCCCAAGCCUAA